AUGGGACGUGCCUGUUGCUCUUCUGGGUCCGAGACGAUGGACCCUACCUCGGCGGGCCAUUCGCCCACCGACGACACCGGACACGCCGCACCGCAUAGUUCGGACAACAUGCCACCUACAGCGCCGCAAUCGGUUGGCGGGCAUUCAGCGCCGGUGCCGAUCGGCACACGGUCACACAACCCGGCGAUGCCAGCGCACGAUCCAUUUGUCGACGCGCCGUUUGCCCCGCGCGCACGUACGCCGCCGGCGCCAUCGCCUGUUGAGCACAGUGCGUACGUGACAGCCGGAGAAGGCGAAUGGUGUUAUGAGCCGGCGCAUGCACAGGCGCUGGGCAUGCGCAACGUCGCAGCAGCGCUGCCUCGCGCCGCACCGCCUCUCGUGACAGGGCACGAUGCUGUGCAAAAUCGAAUGCAGCAUCCCUUAUCCCAUGCCCGCGAGGCUGCCGAUACUAGCGCUGCGCCGGAACGCCCACGAGUCAUCAUUCCACAUGCGGAAGCCAGCGAAGCGACGCCAAAAACCGCGCACGCCUUCUUUUCCACAGAAACGCCGCUGGUUGACACACCCCAGCCACGCACUGCCGUUGAGUAUCCCUGGGCGUACCAGGGAAAUCAGGCGUGGACGGAAGCGCGUGCGCCAGUUGACACACAGUCGGAUUCGGCGCCGUCGCGCUCCUCGAGCACGAUGCAAACGCCGCAUUCUAUGGGGAUUUCAUCGUACGCUUCCACGCCGGCGCGCGGCCCAAGUCCAACGACGUCUGCAUCGGAGCAUGCUGCUACGUAUGUGACACAAUCCGUGCCGACGUCCAUGCAUACACACAGCGCUUCGACUGCACCCGCGCCAGCGACGCCGAUCCAUGCACAGAACAUGCACUUUUCGCGCAGCGUGCCGGAUGCUUCGGCCGUCCAUGGUUCACCCCUAGCAACGCCGCGUCCUGCUCCUGCACACCGCGGUGCGCCGCCGAGCCAAGCGCCGCCACCGCCUGUGCAGAGAGUGCCGAGCCAUGCAAUGCCGCUCAGCGAGCACACCCGCGUCCCUCCAAGCGCUCAAGCUGCUCAGCGUGCGCCAGUCUUGUCGAAUGUCGUGCCGUCCCAGCGCGCAAACCCAGCGCCGGUGCAGCUACCGCCGCGCAGCGCUGUGCCUUCUGACCUUCCUGACGCCCAAAGCCAGUCGGAGCUGAGCAGCGACGAGGAAGACGAAGGGUUCAGCACCACCGAUGGUACAGACACAAUGUACUUCGACGACUUUCCAGAUAUCUCGCACAUGAGCCGUAUGCCGCCCAUUAUGGAUACCCCACGCAGCGUUGCGUUCAAAACGCCCGUGACCAUAUGCGACUUGUUCCGGGACGUUUUUGUCGCGGUCGUUGCGGAAAAGUUGCGAAUUGUCUCGUUUUUCCCAGGCCAAGACACGUUCAAGGAGCUCAUUUUCUCCCCGGGCGACCUACAUGCAGCGCUUGGCGCGCCGUCGCAGCUCUCUGCCUCUUCGCGCGAAUUGCGCAUCACCGCAGUAGCCUUUUGUCCUCCGCUCGCACUGCCUACGCCUACAGGGCCUCUUGCGAGUGCCGACGGCCGCUUUGUGUGGUACGGCACAGUGUGUGGUGCUUUGGCCGAGCUCGAUACGUAUACGGGGCAGCUCACCGGCGUCUGCUCCUCUGUCCACAAGUCGCCCAUUGUGCUCUUGCGCAGGGUCGGCCAGACCAUCGUGGCGCUCGAUGAGAGCGGCAAGAUCUCGUCGUGGGUUGCGAGGAACGGCGCGCUACUGCGCCUUGUUGACAUGCACCCACACUGCCAGCGCAUCACCCUCGCCAAGAAUGCGCACGUCAACAUGCUCGGCAACCAAUUGUGGGUCAGCAGCGUGGCGAUGCACACCAAGUCAGCACCGCAGUACGCGGGCCAAAAGGUCCUCCAGGUCCGGGCGUACAAUCCCUCCUCUGACGAUCGCCCCUUCAAUGCGAUGAGUGCGCCGCUGCUGCUGCCCCUCACCAAAGAAAACAGGCUCGGGAGCGUCACGAGCAGUGCAGUUCUUGCUUCGCGCCCCGACAUGGUCUUUUUUGGGCACGACUCGGGGCACAUUACCCUCUGGUCCUCGGCAGACUUUGUGCACAAGAGCAUCCACGCGCUCGGCACGCAGCCCAUUGUUGCCAUGGUUAGUGUGCAUUCCAUGCUGUGGGUUGCGUCGCGCUCGGGCCACAUUGCGAUUUACGACGUGAGCGGCCAAGUGAUUCGUGUGGUAAAGUCGUGGCUGGCGCACCGCGACGGCGUCACUGCGCUAGUCUUUGAUCCCUACGGCCUCGAGACGGGCAGCGGAAAUCUGCCGGUGAUGAGCGCAGGGAACGACGACUUUGUCCAUUUCUGGGACGGGUUCCUCUCGCAGGACUGGAUCGAUCGGUCCUUGGGCACUCAUGCGGCGCGUUUCUCUACGUACCACUCUCUGCGCAUCCUCAAUCUUACCUACAACAUCAAUGCCGCCUCGCCCGAUGACCUGUUUGGCGUCGUGGACAACAUGGAACUUUUCCAGCGCGUUCUGCGAAACGCGAGCAGCUUUGCCAGCGCGAAGAACAACGAGUAUUGCGAUACGUUCAACACGCCCGAUGUGAUUGUGUUUGGGUUCCAGGAGCUGGUCGAUCUCGAGGACAAGCGACUCACUGCGAAGCGCAUCUUGCUCGGGCACAAGCGCAAGGACGGCAAGGAGCAAGACAGCCACUCCUCGAGCCAGGUCCGCGCCUGGCGCGACAAGCUCGCCAGUUUUCUGCGCCUCGUCCUGCCGCCCGAGGCACCCUAUACGCUGCUCUUGUCCGACAGCCUCGUCGGCCUCUUCACCUGCGUGUUUGUCAAGCAGUCGCUCACUCCGCGCAUCCGCGACCCCGUCACCUUCUCCGUCAAGACGGGACUCGGAGGUCACUAUGGAAAUAAAGGCGCGCUUAUUGCGCGCUUUGUCCUUGACGAUGCGAGUCUCUGUUUCGUAAACUGCCACUUGGCCGCAGGGCAACGCAGGGUGCGGCAGCGCAAUUUGGACGUGGCAUGGAUCUUGCAGAGCGUGUUUCCUUCGUGCGAGUCCAAGGCGUGCGAUGUUGCGUUUGUCGACGGCGGCGACGGAACGAUGAUUUUGGACCACGAGAUUUGCUUUUUUAGCGGCGACCUCAACUAUCGCCUCGAUAUGCAUCGCCCGACGGUACUCCAACUUGUACAGCAGCAAAAGUUUGCCGAGCUGGUCGAAAUCGAUCAGCUGCGCAACGAAAUGCGUGCAAAUCCCGCGUUUCGAUUGCGCAUGUUUCAGGAAGCGCCGGUACGCUUUCCACCUACUUACAAGUUCAACCGACUCUCGAAUGAGUUCGACACGUCGGAAAAAGCGCGCGUCCCAGCGUACUGCGAUAGGAUCCUUUGGCGCGGUCAUCUCCCAGAGACGGUGCAAUGCACUUCCUACAAGCGCUGGGAUGCUACGCUCUCGGAUCAUCGGCCUGUGUCGGCGACGUUUGUCGCGCGUGUCAAGUCGAUUGACCCGAGCCGUCGCGCGCAUGUUCUUCAGGAAUGCUUGCACGACUUGGUUUUGUACAAGCAUGCGGUGAUGACAGCCAUUCUCCACAAUUAUCAUGCUUUAUAG